ACCUGGGGCAAGGUCUAGCGAAGCAAUGGGAUGCGCUUUCUCUUCUUGUGCCGCAUCAGAGCGAGCACGAGGCGAUUGUCUUGGGAGACGGCACACAGCCAGUCGGGAGCGUUAUACUCCGUUCACUACUGUGAGAAAUGGCAACCCUGGUGCUGCUAAAGCAAAUGAAGGAGCAAAUAGAGCUGGACAAGCUGCCAGAGUCCAACCGAUUGCUGUUCCAAUGCUUCGUAUUGACGAGCUAAAAGAAGCCACCGAGAAUUUUGGUCCCAAGUCACUCAUCGGUGAGGAAUCCUAUGGCCGAGUUUACCUUGCGGAGUUGCGAAGUGGUCAAGCUGCGAUAAAGAAGCUCGACAAGAAUUCACAGCCUGAUCAGGAGUUUCUUGCUGAGAUUUCCAUGGUAUCGAGAUUAAAGAAUGAGAACGUUGUUGAGCUUAUUGGAUACUGUGUUGACGGACCACUCCGUGUUUUGGCGUAUGAGUUUGCAACGAUGGGCUCCUUGCAUGACAUACUCCAUGGGAGAAAAGGUGUUAAAGGUGCUUUGCCUGGUCCGGUGUUGGAUUGGACCCAGCGUGUGAAGAUCGUAGUAGGGGCUGCGAAGGGGCUCAAAUAUUUGCAUGAAAAAGUCUCUCCACCACUAAUUCACCGUAACAUCAAGUCCAGUAACGUUCUCCUGUUCGACGACUGCACAGCAAAGAUAGCCGACUUCAAUCUCUCCAAUAAAGCACCGGACACGGCCGCAAGGCUUCACUCGACUCGUGUACUUGGAGCUUUCGGCUACCACGCUCCAGAAUAUGCUAUGACAGGUCAGCUCACACAAAAGAGCGAUGUCUAUAGCUUUGGCGUGGUUUUGUUGGAGCUCCUCACUGGGAGAAAGCCAGUGGAUCACUCAAAGCCUCGUGAACAGCAGAGCCUUUUAACGUGGGUAAGUAGGCUGACAAGCUCAGUGGCGGUAUCUGGUACUUCAACGUGUUGUUUGAUCCGAUCACAGGCCACACCCAGACUUAGCGAAGACAAAGUCGAGCAAUGUGUGGAUCCAAUGCUGAAAGGAGAGUAUCCUGUAAAAGCAGCUGCCAAGAUGGCCGCUGUUGCCGCUCUGUGCGUGCAAUACGAGGCGGACUUUAGGCCAAACAUGGGCAUCGUGGUGAAAGCGCUCCAACCUUUGCUCACGGCCCGAGCUGCCGCUGCAACAGAGUAAAUUAUUUAGUGCUUACCAUCGCUGUCUUGUUCAUAGGUAGGCUCUCGGUUAUCAUUUUGUAAGUAUACGUACCACGAUGGCGCGGCUCUUUUAUCCCCGGGGAAGUUUGGUUUUCCUAACUGAUCCUAUAUCUUCCAUGUUGUCUACAAUGUAGCAGCAGAAGAAAAGAAAACGAAAAGCGAGGUGGUUUUGGUUUCUGGAUUUA